UUGUGAAAUUAAUCUUAUUAUCACGUUGCAGCGUUACUCUCCCUAGGAAGCAAUAUAUUGGGUAAAUUAAACCGGGAAAAGAUAUUGAAGCCGCAACAAUGAGGUCCAACUCCAAACCUCAGUCUCCAGCUCAAUCUUCCGCCAACAUCAAGCUCAUCCUCAUCUCUGCUUUCUUUCUUCUUUUCCUCCUCCUGGUUUUUAGCACUACCUCUUCUACCAGGCAACAACAAGAACCAUCACCAUCAUCCUCCAUUUCAGAAUCCCACAUUGCAAACUCAACAACAGCCUGCCCGUCUCUUCCCCUCACCCCAUCAUGCACCAAAGCCCCGCCGUCUCUGGCCAAUGCCCUCAUCCACUACGCAACAACCAACAUCACCCCACAACAGACCUUCAAGGAAAUCUCGGUGUCGGCAAGAGUGUUAGAGAAGAAAGCACCCUGCAACUUCUUGGUCUUCGGCUUAGGCCAUGACAGCUUGAUGUGGGCAGCUCUUAAUCACGGUGGGCGUACAGUCUUCCUGGAAGAAGACAAGGCAUGGAUUGAGCAGGUGAAGCAAAAGCUUGCCGGUUUGGAAUCGUACCAUGUUGAAUACGACACGAAAGUUCACCAAGCAGAUGCACUGCUAGAGACAGGGAUGAAAGAGAAAUGCAAAGUUGUGAGUGACCCUAGAUCCUCCGACUGUGAACUUGCUCUCAAAGGGUUUCCGAGUGAAAUUUAUGAGAUCGAAUGGGAUCUGAUCAUGGUUGAUGCCCCCACUGGGUUCCACGAUGAUGCCCCUGGGAGAAUGAAUGCUAUCUACACUGCAGGGUUGAUAGCUAGGAACAGAGCAGAAGGGGAGACGGAUGUGUUUGUGCACGAUGUGAACAGAGUUGUGGAAGAUAAGUUCUCAAAGGCAUUUCUUUGUGAAGGAUAUUUGAGGGAGCAACAAGGAUUGCUAAGGCAUUUCACCAUUCCCAGUCACAGGGCUCGCUCUGGUAGACCCUUUUGUCCUUGAUUACUUCAAUUACAGGCAUUGCUGCUCUCCUCUGGUUCUGUUCUGUUCAUCUACUUGUAUUCACGCAUUAUCUUCACUACUUUUGUUGAUUACAGUUCACAACCCAAUCAAGGCAUAUAUAUUAGCAGUUAAACCCAAGCUUCAAUUUCUUCCCCCAUUUUUGUUAUCCCUAAUAUCUUCCCAAGUUGAGUGUUUCAUUUACAGAUGUGGGGGUAUGUUCAUGUAAAAGAAUACAAAGAAAUUGAAGGAUUAAAUUGAUGAAUAGGGUACCUUUUGCCA